GAGAGAGAGAGAGAGGGAGAGAGAGAGAGAGAGAGGGAGAGAGAGGGAGAGAGAGAGAGAACACUCGGACAAAUUGAGCUUUAUCCCUCGAGGUGGGUCAGUGACUCGGAGCGCGCAGCCGGACGCAGAUCAUCACAAUAAGAGCAGCAGAGAGCGCAUUGCUCCACACAGAGAGAGAGAGAGAGACAACAACACUCAUACACGGAAGAGAAGUGAAAGAGAGGCAGAGUGAGGGACGGGCGGAAAGACGAACAGUUGAAGUUUGACUGUGCGGCAUAAAUAAAUAAAAAAGGACUAAAAAAAGUGAAACUCAAAGAAACCAGAAAGUGUGGGUGAAGAUGCCGCGGGUAGUCCCGGACCAGAGGAGCAAGUUUGAGAAUGAGGAGUUUUUCCGCAAGUUGAGCAGGGAGUGUGAGAUUAAAUAUACUGGAUUCAGGGACCGACCCCACGAGGAGAGGCAAGCUCGCUUCCAGAACGCUUGCAGGGACGGACGAUCAGAAAUAGCCUUUGUCGCCACAGGUACCAACCUCUCCCUCCAGUUCUUUCCUGCCAACCUGCACGGAGAUCAGAGGCAGGUUCCUGCCAGGGAGUAUGUUGACUUUGAGAGAGACACAGGAAAGGUCUAUUUAAAGGCUCCCAUGAUUUUGAACGGUGUGUGUGUGACCUGGAGAGGUUGGAUCGACCUACAGAGGCUGGAUGGGAUGGGAUACCUGGAGUAUGAUGAAGAGAGGGCGCAGCAAGAGGACGCUUUGGCCCAGGCAUCGUUUGAAGAGGCCCGACGCAGAACCCGAGACUUUGAAGACAGAGACCGAUCACACAGAGAAGAUCUGGAGGACCCUGUGGUUUCUAAAAUCUGGGACUGAUGACACACAGACAGCCAGCAGAAAAGAACAGGUCUAGACGACAGCAGGACCCCAGACAUGGCACAAACAUGGCCAACGCUGACGUGGAACACAAAAUGCGCUGAUGAGGAAGAGGAAGUAGUGAAAAGAGGAAGAGGAGAAAACCAGGGCUGACUGUCCAUUCACUUUCAAUAGUCAACUGAUAAAAAGUCAACUGAAACUGCAAUUGCUGACCAAUUGUUCACUAUUAUUUCCAAAAAGCUUUGAUAUGAUCAUUUGCAAAGAUUUUUGACAUAUUUACAAGAAAGUAAACUUCCUAAAUUUUAAAAGGAUAAAUCGAUAAUGGAAGAACAGGUUGGAAGAGGGCAUCCAGAGAGAAUUAUACCAGAUUUUAGCAUUAAGAAAUAUUUGCUGUUCUAUAAUAUUCAUGAUCUGGUGAGAUGACUGUAAAAUCACAAGUUCUGUAGCAACAACCUCGAACGAGGAAGAAUAACAAAGAAAACUGCUACUAACUCUGAUAUCUUUGGCUCUGGAAGCAAUCAGAACAUCAUUGGGUGUGUUUGUGGGGUGGGUGGGUGUAUGGGUCAAUUCAAACGACCUUCGUCCUCUUAAGGCUUUUGCACUAUGUGAUACAAUCAGACUUGUUCUCCACGUGGAUUUUCUUGAUAUGCAUGAAGCCAAACAGGCCACGUUCUCCCUUGUUCCCUAUAUGCAGCCUAUUUACAAGAGAGCGCUCUCUUUACAGCGCUCUGGUAAGGAAUCCCUGGGUGAUCCAAGGUGAUGUCAUUGUGCAGCCAAAUGUAGGCGUGCUCUCGUCGUGGACCCAAGCAGUAGCAUGCUCGACAAAGUGCUUCUUUUUUGUUUUAUUUAACCAGGAUAUGUCACCCAGGUGGACUUGUGAUCUGGUGUGAAUGUCAGACAAACAUUAACCCAACCUUGUGCAUGAAAUUGGGGAUACUUCAUUAAGUGUAUUGCUUUUUCAGUGCAGAAGAGUCAUCAUACCAGAGCAUCGCCGUCCAGUGAAAACCAUGUGGCUCCAAAUUGAAUAUUUUUUUUUUCCCCCCAGAAAAACUGAAGGAUUUAAAUAUUCCUUUGUGAGUCAAGAAACAUGUACUAAUUAAUAAGCUAAAUAAACAGUUGGGUUUUCUAAAACAAAAAUGAAUUGUUCCAAAACAGAAAACCGCUUUUUCCUUUUUGGAGAUAUGUGGUUUUCACUAGACGGGGUAACAUCCAACUAUAACAUUCAAUUAAUCAAAUCAGAAAAUACAUAUGUUCAUAACCUCUUUAAAAACACAUCAUACACAUCAGUUUCAUGUGUCUCAUAUUACUUGUCACUUCUCUAUGGAAAAAUGGGAUUGAAAUCAACCUUAAUUUUUUUUACCAGGUCAUAGAUUGUACAGUCUGUGGUAUCAAUCUAAUUUAGUUAGAAUCCAUCUAUUGAUCGAUCAAUCAGAUAUCCUUCCACAUUAAUGGACUGUAAAAGCCUAAAUACAGUCGAGAUAUUAUUCCCUGUCCUGUUACAGCACUAUGAAACGGUUUUUUUUUAAAAAUAAUUUUGUGUGUGUGAAAGUCAUGAUGUUUUUAUAUUACUUCUCACCUCUGUAUAUGUAUUCAUUUUAUGUUCAUCUGUCAGCUUUGUUAUGGACUAGUAGUAGCAGCGGUAGGCUAUUUUAUGUAAAACUGAGUUGAAAAUUACAAAACGUCUCCAGAAAUGUUGUUUUGAGGACUUUUGUUGCUUUCGUUUAAUGUGUUCCUUUGAAUGUUAUUUUUAUGGUCUGUUUUUAAGGAAAUCCACUUCCUAGGAUAAAUACAUUGAAUGUGGAUUGACUCAAGCCCUUUUAUUUGUAAAUUGUGCAACUAGAGGCUCAUUUCAUUUUCCAGUGUGAUUUACGUUUAGUGAACUCAACUGUUUUAUUACAAUUAUUAUAACCAAGAUAUUUUCUUUAUUCAUGCUUUUAUUUUCCCUCAGUCUGACUUAUUAAGCAUUUAGAUGAGCUGAGAAAACUUUUGAUUGAUAAGAGAGUAACAUUUUACAAAAAGCUAAUUGAUCAUGAUAAAGUUGAUACCACAGCCCGUGGCUACAGAAAGGUAAUUUCAUUUUAAAAGACCAACAUAAAGGAACGGUUUAAGUUGAAAUGGUAACAAAUGUGUCAAUGGUAACCAUAUCAUCACGCUCGGGGCAUAACAAAAAACAUGCAGGAUUUUUAUCCUGAAUGGGAGGAUUUAAUUCAGAUAACUGAAGCAUUUGUCAUUUAUUUUUCCAUUUGGAAGACUGGGGAGAGAAGCUUAAAACCUUUAAUUUUUCUCAGAGCAUACUGAUGUCCCUGUGACUCAGUGAUAAAUUUGUUGAGGAAUGUGGAAAACAUACUUUCGGUAUCGGGGCACGUUCGGUGUGAUAAGCGGUCGAUUGUAGUGUCUCAGUUGAGUUUGAUAGCGUUGUGUGUAAAAGUCCAACCACAGUUAUUUUAGAUCAAUCAAUCUGGCAUGUGUAGUUCAACUUUAUCUUCAUGGGUUUAAACCUUGUGCUCAGGUUAAGGGAUUGAUUUUAAAAGACAACACUUCUAGGUUGUAGAUAGGAAAGGACCACAGUUAAUCACCCUGUCUUGACAUCACCCACUCAGUAUCAUUACCAUUAUUUAGAGGGUUACCCUGGUAAACACAUUAGUUGAUACUCCAUCCUUCAAUUUUCUUAAUGCAGGCAUUAAGGCAAAACAUAUAACUGUCUUUCUGUUUCUCUUGUUUGUUUAAGUUAUUUAUAUUUUGGUUUUAUUUCAAGAUCCAAAGAAGUACUUGUACACACUCCCCGUAUGUUUUUCCUUCCUCUGUGGUCUGCCUUUCUCUCUGUUUAUUGUUGAGCUUGUCCUCUUGGAGGAAUCAGAAAUAUGAGAUAUUCAAUUCAAAAUGUUGUUCAAAGUUUUUCAUAAUAAAAAGGUAUGACUUCA